AUGUCUGUGCUCCCCAGAGUGGUCUACAAGCGGAGGGCCCACAUCACAGCUCUGCCUCUCUACUAUUCAGGGCACCUGCUCAAGAAACUCUCCUCUGAGGCGGAUUUCAAGAUGUACUUUGCAGAGCUGCGAGGUGACACAUUAUUGCUGUACAAAGAUGUAAAGCAGGAUACAUACACAGAAAAGCUGAAUCUUCUGCAGCUGAAAUCCAUGCAACCAGUGUCUCCGUAUCAAAGGAAAAUGCCCACCAUCUUCAGCCUAGUGAUGCGCACAGAGGAGGUCCAUUUGAAGAUGGAUAACCCUGACACAGGAGAAGAGUGGCGGGGUUACAUCCUGACUGUCGUCAAAAAAGAAAUUCCCAGUCAACUGCAGCUCCUGCCUGGCCAGAGGAUGCUACUUGAGGAUGUUCUGGCUCAGGAGAAGAUAAGAAGCACCUAUGCCGAGAAUCCCCCACUCCCUCCUCGUCCAGCCCACCUUCUUGGGGUCUGCGCACCAGUGCUUCCGCAAGGGGACACACCUGACAACAGCAGUCCGGAAACAUUACCAUGUUUCUUCAAUGUGACCCGACAAGAAGCUGAGCAGAUGUUGAAGCAGAACCCGGAAUAUGGUGGCAUCAUUAUCCGUCCAUCCACCAUGGCCAACAGCUACGCCCUCACCCUCAGACAGGUCACAGCCAAGGGGCCUGUCAUGAAGAACUACAGGCUCAUCUGCACCAAGUCAGGAUUCACGAUCAAACUGGAAACAACAGUGACAGUCUCCUCCCUUAAAGAGGUACUGGAGUAUUUCUUAGAGAUGACUGAAUACAGCCUUCAUCCUUAUAUACCGGGUGAUAUCUACGACACUUGCAUUGCUUCUAAGCAUCUAAGCUCAACAAUGAGAAAUGUACCCAAGGCACAAACAGGGCCUGUGGUGCUUUCACAAACCAAGCAAGGGGAAGGUGAAUAUGUGUUCCCUGAUGACAACAACAUGAAUAAAGUUCAGCGGGAUGCAAAACUUCGGCAAGUUGUUGGGCUACGGAGUAACAACACGGAGAAAGAGUGUACCAGGAAAGCCAAGACUGGCACUGAUCCUUUUGAAAUGCAAAGUACAUACAUGUAA